CAGUGUCUCAGAGCAGAAAUCACCGAUGGACACAUCUCUUCUCAGGACGAUGAAGCGCCUAUGUGGUGUAACUCUGAUCUUAACUCUGUCUCUGUCGUACUACAUUUACAUGCCUUUACCUGCAACUGUCUCCGAGCCCUGGAAGCUCAUGCUGGUGGGGGCGACAUUUCGCACCGCCACUCACCUGGCUGAUGCCUCACACUCUCUGGGUCUGGUCCAUCAUGCCCGUGUCCUCAGUUUGGCCGUGAAGAGUUUUGAGAGUUUGUUGCCGGUGGAGUUUGAAGAUGUUCAGACGGAGGACACAGAGUUUGACGGUGUUCAGGUCCGCGUGUACACACCUCAACACCGAGACAACACACUGAGACGCGCUGUAGUGUUCAUUCACGGGGGAGGCUGGACUCUCGGAGCUCCCAAGUUGGGUUCCUAUGACGUGCUGUGCAGGAAGAUGGCAGUCAAGCUGAACGCUGUGGUUGUGACAGUAGAUUACCGUAUGGCCCCAGAUGUACGCUUCCCUGUGCAGUAUGAGGAGUGUGUGCAGGCGGCACGCCACUUCCUGCGGCGUGACGUAUUGGCGCGUUACUCUGUGGAUCCGGACCGAGUCGCUGUCUGUGGUGACAGUGCAGGAGGAAACCUUGCUGCUGCAGUUGCACAACGGAUUGGCCAAGACAGCAGUGGUGAUAAUGUGAUGAACAACAGCAAUGAUGAAGCAAGGAGCAGCAGUGGAGGUGGUGGGGUAAACUUUAAGCUACAGGUGUUGAUCUAUCCUGUCCUCCAGUCUCUGGACUUCAAUACUGCAUCCUACCAGCAGAACUGGGGAGUCCCCAUCUUGUACCGUGACCUGAUGGCCCGGUACUGGCUGGAGUAUCUGGGUGCGGACGCAUCCCUGCUCCACACCAUCCUCCUGAACAACCACACGGCACUGGACGAGUCUCGAGUCGACCCUCACCGCUCUAAAGUCGACUGGACCUCGAUGAUCCCUGAGCACAUGCGCAAACAGUAUACGGCCAUCUUCCCUGGGACCGGCUCGUCCUCCGUCCUGCAGGAUGUUCCUGCGAUACUGGACCCGCGAGCUGCUCCCCUGCUAGCCGAACCGGAAAUAUUAAACACGGUGCCACAUGCUUAUAUCAUGACAUGUGAGCAUGACGUGCUGAGGGAUGAUGGAAUGAUGUACGUUCGGCGCUUAGAGCUUGCCGGCGUCUCUGUCAUGCACCGUCACUAUGGUGACUGCUUUCACGGCUGCUUGACCUUCGCUUUCUGGCCAUCGUACUUCUCUGUGGGGAUACGAGCCAUAGACGAUUACAUCGCCUGGCUUCACACACACCUGUAGACGUUACAGUGUUUAUCUUUACAGACACUUAGACACUCAGGCUGUAUGUCUAAGAAAUUUUCAUGUUACUGUCAAUCACAGAAUAAACAGUGCGUCAAGUGACAAAAUGAAAACACAA